AUGCAAAAAUUUUAUUUAUUUAUUUAUUCUUUUGAGUGCGGUGAUGGAAUAUCAAGUCAAUUGAGACGUUGUUUGGAUGUACGAUGUGUUGGACCAAAUCAUCGUCAACGUGUUUGUAAUAUGCAACAAUGUAGCAAUAUAACAUCAAUUGAUACAAAUGAAAUACGUUGCUCAAAAUUGGAUAUCUUAUCAAAUAAUGAUAAUAGUCCUGAAUUGAUAUUAGAAAAAUGGAUUCCAGUUGAAAGUAGUCAACAGUGUAUUGUGAUGUGUCGUUCAUUAAAAAGUGGUGAAGAAAAGGAAUUAGAAAAGAUGACCGAUGGUACAGCAUGUUUUAUUGAAGGAUAUAAUAAAUCAAUUUGUGUGAAUGGUAUUUGUCAGCAUGUUGGUUGUGAUGGUAUUGUACAAUCAAAUGCUCGUUAUGAUCCAUGCGGAAUAUGUGGUGGUACAGGUGAAAGUUGUGGACGGACAAUAUUUCAAUGGAUGGAUACGAAACAAUUUUCACCAUGUGAUGCUACUUGUGGACCAAAUGCUUAUCGUGUAUCAGUAUCAGUAUGUCAAAAUGUACGAAAUGAACGAGUGGUACCAGAACGACUUUGUGCUGACCAACCACGACCACGUCCAGUUGUCGAAAAAUGUCCACAUAUCAUUUGUCCAUCACAAUCCUUUGAAUAA